UACCAAGUGAUGCUACUAUUAUGACAUUGGCUUAACAUGUUUGUUGAUGACUGUUUGAGGAUUUGGUUUUUGGUUUUUUCCCAAAGUGUAAUAAUGGUUCAGCUUCCUCCUAACGCCACACCCUUCUAGUCUCUGCUUUAUAAGCCAACCAAAACCCACCGCUUCCACAUCAAAAUUCCACAAUAAAACACAACACGAUAAAAACUAUGGGUGGCGAUAGCAUAGACAUGGACAGGGAGAGAUUGACGGCGGAGAUGGACUUCAAGGACUCCUCUUCCGUCGUCAUCAGAAUCCGCCGCAGACUCCCGGACUUCCUUCAGUCGGUGAAGUUAAAGUACGUGAAGUUGGGAUUGGGAUACGGUUACUCAUGCAACGCAGCCAGCAUUGUGAUGUUGGCAGUCACCCUUCCUCUCUGCUUCUCCCUCACCGGUCUCAAACUCUCUAAACUCUGCUCCCACCAGCUAGACGCCGAGACCGUGGUGGCGGCUUCCGCUGCGCUCCUUUCCCUCGCCGCUCUCUGCCGCUGGAAGCGCUCGGGCGCGGUGUAUCUGGUGGACUUCGCUUGCUACAAGCCGGAGAAGGAGCGGAAAAUCUCGGUGGAAUCCUUCCUGAAGAUGACAGAAGAGAGUGGGGGGUUCGAGGAAGAGUCUCUUCAAUUCCAAAGGAAGAUUUCGACAAGAGCGGGUCUUGGCGACGAGACUUACCUUCCCAGAGGAAUCACUUCCCGCCCGCCCAAUCUCUGCAUGAGCGAGGCGCGCUUGGAGGCCGAAGCGGUGAUGUUCGGCGCGUUGGACGCGCUUUUCGCGAAAACCGGCGUGGAGCCUAAGGACAUUGACAUCCUGGUGGUGAAUUGUAGUUUGUUCAACCCCACCCCUUCUCUCUCCGCCAUGAUUGUGAACCACUACAAGCUGAGGAGCAACAUCAAGAGCUACAACCUCGGCGGCAUGGGAUGCAGUGCCGGACUUAUUUCCGUUGACCUGGCCAAGGACCUUCUCAAAGCCAACCCCAAUUCCUACGCCCUGGUGCUCAGCAUGGAGAACAUAACCCUCAACUGGUACUUCGGCAACGAUCGCUCCAUGCUCCUCUGCAACUGCAUUUUCCGAAUGGGCGGCGCCGCCGUCCUCCUCUCCAACAAGUCUUCUGAUCGGUCGCGAUCUAAGUACCAGCUGCUCCACACUGUCAGAACCCACAAGGGCGCCGACGACAAGAACUACAACUGCGUCUAUCAGAAAGAGGACGAUACCGGAAAAGUGGGGGUGUGUUUGGCGCGGGAGCUAAUGGCUGUGGCAGGGGAUGCUCUGAAGACAAACAUCACAACCUUGGGUCCGAUGGUUCUGCCUUACUCGGAGCAGUUGAUGUUUUUCCUGUCACUGGUUCGGAGAAAGCUGUUGAAGAUGUCGAGGGUGAAGCCGUACAUUCCGAACUUCAAGCUGGCCUUCGAGCACUUCUGCAUCCACGCCGGCGGAAGGGCGGUGUUGGAUGAGUUGCAGAAGAAUCUCCAGCUGAGCGAGUGGCACAUGGAGCCCUCGAGAAUGACGCUCCACCGCUUCGGCAACACCUCCAGCAGCUCCCUCUGGUACGAGCUUGCCUACACGGAGGCCAAGGGUCGGGUCGGCAAGGGGGACCGGGUCUGGCAGAUCGCAUUCGGGUCGGGUUUCAAGUGCAACAGCGCCGUCUGGAAGGCGAUGCGGGACAUGCCGAACUUAACUGAAUGGCGUGGCAACCCCUGGGACGAUUCCGUCCACGACUAUCCCGUUAAUCUUUCUUCCACUUCUUAAUUAAUAUAUAUCCAUCAAUACAAUGGUAAUUAAUUGGUUAAUCAACUAUAAUUACAAUAAUAUUA